AUGGAUGAAGAUGAUUUAUAUACUAAUGAUGUUGAACUGUAUAGCCGUGCGAUCAGCUUCUUUGCUACAACAACAGUAAGUAGGAUCAUUAGAGAGUGGUACAUCUUAAUUCUAAAGAAAAAAACAAAAUUGGCUAUUGAGGAGUAUAUUAAGGAUCGGCGUAAGAAUACUAUAUUGCUUAAUAUUUUAAAGCUUUGGCUAUGUGCUGCAAUUCAAGAAAAGCUUAAUAGAAAUAAAGAGGAGUAUAUAGUUCAGAAAUUGGAGAAGAAUAAGUUACAACAGUACUUUUCAUAUUGGUAUUAUGAUCAUUAUUUGGUAAAGCGUAAUAUAUAUAGGUUGGAAAGGGAAUAUAAAAUAAGAAGUGCAACUAAAAUUAAGAAGAAAGUUUUGGUAGAAUGGAGGAAAGAAACUUAUAUUCAUAAUAUAGUAGUAAUAUUUGAAAAAGACAGAAUAACUAGAAAAUAUUUUGAUAUAUGGAGGUUACGUACAGAAAAUAUUAUUGGAAAAUUAAUUAAUGCAGACAAGUAUUAUUGUGGAAGAUUAUUUAUUAAUUUAUUAAGUUUUUGUUUAAAACGUAGAAAAAAGAAAGAAAAACUUUUACUUAUUUUAAAAUCAUAUGAGUUACAUAAAAUAGAUCAUAUUUUUCAAUGUUGGUGGUCAAUAGUACAGUAUUCAAUGAAUAAACGAUAUAAGAUAAUAGAGUGGCAAGUACAACAUACUAACAAGGUACUUGCAGAUUUAUUAGAUGCCUGGAGAAGCUGGAGUAGAAAAAAAAAAUAUUUGGAGAAUUCAGUUAAUUUACUGCAGAAGAUUUAUGAGACAAAUUUAAAAAAUGAAUUUUUUAAUACAUGGGUUGCUUUAACUCAUGAAAGCUGUCGUGAAAGGACAUUAAUAAUAGCUGCAGGACUCUCAGCGAGAAGAUUACUACUUGUUAAGAGUUUUGAUUCGCUGAAACUUUAUACAGCAAAAAGAAUUUCAAAGAGAGAAUUAAAAGAGAAAAUAUUAAUAUAUAAAUUAUUUUAUUCACUAUCUAAUUUUAAAAAGAAGUGUGAUAGUUAUAGGAAAUAUAAUGAAACAUUAAUUAAAUAUAAGAAUAAAUACAUGCAACUUAUUAUGAGAAGAUGUUUGUAUAACUGGAAAUUAUUUAUUGCUAGAAAGAAGGAAUUAGUUCAUUUCUAUAGUUUAAUCAAAAUAAAGCACGAAAAAGCUUUAAUCUGUUUGGUUUAUAAAAUAUGGAAUUUCGUAUGGUUUAAGAAUUUAACAAAUUAUAUGAUUAUAGAAUGUCUACAAACUAAAAAAUCAAUAACCUUAAAAAAGACUUUUUUUCAAGCAUGGAUAUGGAUAACAAAACUAAGGAAAUCACAUUUUUGGGAAAUUUUCGAUUAUUUAUAUAGAACUCGUAUUACCUAUACAUUUAAAAUAUUAUUCAAACACUCAGUAAUUUUAAGAAGGAGUGAAAUUCUUGAGGAUAGAUGGAGUACGAAUAUUUGGAUACAUACAUUAUUUUACAACUGGAGAUCUAUUACUGAAAGGAGUUUAAAAAUAAAACAGAUGCAGAAUUUUGUUGCUAUAUAUAGGACACUAGAAAUGUUCAUAGAUUCGAGUAUAAAAUUGUCAAAGGAACUAUUUUUGAAAAAAAAAUAUAAUAAGACUUUUUGCAAAAUAAUUUUAAUUUCAUGGAAUUCUUUGAGUAGAAGGCGUAGAAAUAUACAUGAAAUAUCAAGUCCCAAGUAUUUAAAUCAAUUUGCAACUUUUUCAUGUAUACGUUGCUAUUUUAGAGUUUGGUACAAACUAUUUUGUAUCAGACAGAAAAUAAAGAUUGUUUCAAAUAUGAGAAUAUAUAACAUAAAGAAGUAUUCAUUUUAUAUUUGGAAUACAUUAUAUUAUACAAGGAAUUCCUUAAAUUCAAAGUAUUUAAUUAUUAAGAAUAAUCAUAUUAAAUUAGAUUUAAAAAGAUAUUAUUAUAUUUGGUUCAAAAGUUACAAGAAAAAAGCUAUUGAUAAGGAGAAGAUGGCCCAAAUUUAUAGGAGGAGAAAUAUGAAUUUUCUGUCAAUAGUAUUUAAAGUGAUGAAAUCACGUGCAAUUUGGCGAUUAACCCAGAAACGACAAAUUGACACUUUUUUGAAUAUUAUGAAGAUAUAUUUGCUACGUUUAUUUUGGAAUGAGUUAAGAUAUCAAUUUUUAAUCCAACAAUCACUAGAUUUGGUAUCUAAAGAAUAUUCUAUACUUUUACAGAAACGUAAAUUAGUGCAAAUCUACAAAUUAUGGAAUAAAUUAUUUAAUUAUCUUAGAACAUUAAAAAAGAAAAUUGAGAUGUCUGACCAAUAUUAUAAUAAAAAAUUAUGCAAAAGAUAUCUUUAUUAUUGGAUUUACUCAUACACAGCAAGGAGUAGUCGUUUAUACAAUUCAAUAGUUAGUAUUCAAAAAAAAGAAAGUAGGAGAAUGAUGUUAUUUAUGAAAAAAAUUAUUCAAGUAUGGUAUGGGAAAUUAAGAAAAUCUAUACAGGACAAAAAUAAUGCAAGGGAAAUACUUAGAAUACAUAUGAGACGAUAUCUUUAUUACAUAAUAGAUGUUUAUGAGACUCAAAAUUACUAUAAGAGCCGUUUAUUGCGUAAUAUGGCAUUUGAUUAUCUAAAUUCUUUUAUAUUUGAACUGCAAUAUAUCCGAAUUAUGAGGAUGGAGACACAAAAUACAUUAACAUUAGAUAUAGUGAUCAUUGCGUAUCAACAAUAUAACUUGAAAAGGAGACAUAUGACUUUCUGGUUAAAAACUUUGUACCGUAGACUUAGAUUAAAGACAUCAGUAACAAUUGGGACUAAGCGUCUACAGUACAUUAUUGAUUUCAUAAAUAAAAGGUCUGCAUUUAAUAAAUUAGAAAAUUGGUCAAUUAUGUUAGAUUCUAAAGAAGAGCAAUUAAAAAGAAAAAAUAUUAAAUUUAUAUUAUACACUUGCUUUAAGCAAUUAUAUAGUAAUGCAGAAGAUAUAAAGUUUACAAUGGAAGUAGCUGUACUAUUAAAUAAUAAUUUCAUUAAGGCUAGAGUUCAUCAAAGCAUUAAAAUGUGGCAUGAAAUAUCACAGAUAAAGAUCGAGAGACACUACAAAGAAGAACAACUUUUAAUGAGAAUGCAAAUAAAAUGGAUAAAAAAGAUGUUCUUAUCAUGGUAUAACUUUUCUAAACCAUUUAUAAAUAUAUAUUUACUUAUUAAAUCAAUUGAGAUACCUUUUAAGCAACAAGCACUCAAUAACUUGAAAUGCCACUCAUAUGAAAUAUUUAAGAAUAAAAGGAAUUUAGGUUACUACUUGAUAUCGUGGUUUAAAAUUACGAAAAAAAAACAAAAUUUAAGUGUUUUAUAUGCAAAAUUUGGUGUAUAUUAUAAGAAAAUGAUAUAUAAUCUCUUUUUCUCAAAUUGGAGAUCUGUAUAUAGGCAAAAAAUUGAUAUAAUAGGAUUUCACAAUAAAGUAGCUAAAAUCAAACCAAUGAGUAAUUAUUUCAAACAUUGGAGGCUUAUGACAAUAAGAAAUAUGCUUAAACUCCAACCAUUAAUUGAAAAAGUUAAAAAGAGACAAAUGCAUUCUAUUUUUAAUGUCUGUAUAAUAUUAUAUAGAUUAACAUACUAUCUGAAAAGAACUAAGAUUACAGCAAAAAGACGAGUAUGGGUAAUAUGGAAGGAGGCGUACUAUUAUAGUAACUUACUCAAUAAAGCUACUCAAAUUAAUGUAACUAAUUUAUUAAAAAAAUCAUUUUUCUCAUGGGUAUUAUAUUACUGCGCAAUAAAAAGAGAGAAACUUAUAAUAAGCAGAAUAAAGGAAGAGAAUAGAAAAACAACAAUUACUAGAUAUUUUUUGAGAUGGAUUUACAUGUAUAAAUACCUAAUUAAACUGAGAAACAUUGAGAUAAGUAUCGUAAAGAAUAAUAAUACUUUUAGAUUAAGACAUUCAUUAAUACUUUGGAAAAAUGCAACAUUAAGAAUGCAUGAGUUAUAUAACUCAAAAUUAGUUGUUAGAUCUAAAAAUAAUUUUUUGAUAUUAAAUAAAUACUUUACUUUGUGGAUUUCACUAUUUAAGAAGCUCCAAAAACUAAACGAAAUAUACAAUAAUUACGAUAAUAAUAGAAUAAAGGCAAUAUUAUACAGAUAUUUAAUUUUCUGGAGAUCUAUAUGGUUGCCACAUAGAUAUAUUAACUCAAGCACUAUAUUGAUUCAAUUAUUAAAUAAAAUCAAGUUACAUGAGUAUUUUCAUAAAUUAUUAAUUGUAACAUUUUAUGGGUAUACUUUUUCUAGAGAAAAGAGAGGUACUUUAGAAUAUGGAACAGAAAUAAAACAGAUCAAUAAACAAAAUAGAAUGUCUUUAGAAGAAUUAAAUAUAAAUAAAUUUGAAGAAAAUGAACAAAUACAAUUAGAAAGUGGGUCUAAUGUUACAGUACCAGAAUACACGGUAAAUUGUAACUACUCUUCACAGAUCCCAAUUGAUCGGAAAUUACAAACUAAUAUAUUUAGCGAAUUUGUAUUAGAUAGAUUGAAUAUGAACUCUGAUGAUGAAACUAAGUUCCUUUCAAAAAACUCCACCCUUUUAGGUUACGGAAAGGUAAUUUCUUGUAGCUAUAGAGUGGAGUGUAGAUGCUCUGUAAAGCAACUAGAAAUCAUUCGCCAACCUAGAUAUAACUGGAUUAUCUUAUUACUUGAUAAAAUAGCACGUCAAAGUCAAAUUUUUAUCAUUGAAACACUAGAGUAUAUGCUCAAAUAUAGCAGAAAACGCAAGCUGAUAUUUGAAUCAAUGAACUGCAUGAAAGUAAAAAUUACCAGGAGUAUAUUGUAUGCUGCAUGGAAUCAUUUUAGAAUUAAUGUAGAAAGAGUAUAUAUGCAAAGGAAAGGUGAAUUUGUAUUUAGAAGUAAAAGACAUUUGAAAGUUUUGCAUAGAUAUUUUGAAAUGUGGAUUUUGUGUUACAAUAAUAAAGUAAAACAUAAGUUCCUCAUUAGAAAAUUUCAUCAAAAACAUAAUAACUUGGUUAAAACGAAAUGUUAUUUGUUAUGGUCUAUCAAGUUCCACAUUAAAUAUAAGAAAAAGAUACUGUUAGAAAGAGCAAUGAACUUCCAAAUAAUAUAUGUCAUACAAUAUAGUAUUAAAUUAAUGAAGGCAUAUUCGUUGUAUCAAGUAUGGUCUGAAUGGUGUGGUAAAGUAAGUAGUACUAUAAGGUGGAUUAGAAAUUUUCGUUGUAUAUCAUCUGUGUUUCUACAAUGGAGGGACUAUUCUCAUAGGGAACAAAUAAUUAAGAAGAAAGUCUUAUUCUUUUAUAAUAAGAAUAAGAUAAGAUUAUUGAGUGAAUGGUUCAUUAUAUGGCUGAGAAGGUUACAAAAUAUAAUGAGACUGGAACGAAUUUCCACGGAUUUCUAUCAGAAUCAUGUUUUAAUUAUUAAUCUAUACAAUCAUUUUAUUUCAUGGAAAAUCUUGGCAAUGAAAAGUAGUACAACACGAAAAAAAAUAAAGAACUUCCUUAAUUUAAAAAGUAUCCAAUUAAAACAUACUUCCUUCAAACUAUGGAGAUUUUUUGUUCAUUAUUAUCGCUCAAGAAAUGAGAGAUUUGGAAGAAUUUAUAAUGUCAUUGUGACAAAUCAUAACAGUGCAAUACUAAAUAAGCUCUUCUAUUCUUGGAAAUUGAAGACAAUUGAGUUAUUAUCCUUAAGAAAUUCAAUUUAUACUACAUGGGGAUAUAGAAAUAGUACUAAAGGUAAGAGUAGUCUUUAUGAAUCUACUAGAAGUGUAUUAUCUAAUAGUAAAAAAGAUCAUUUUAAAAGAAAUUUCAUGGAGAAAUAUAGUAGGGAUUCACAUUAUUCAUUUAAUUCUAACUCUGAAGAUAGAUCUUCUGAUGAAUAUGAAGCUAGAGAUGAUGUUCAUCAUAAUUACUUAAAUAAUAAUCAAGGAUAUUCACGAGAUAAGUCAGAUUCUUUCAGUGAGCUAGAAUACUCAAGUAAUAGUAACAACAGAAUAGAUUAUGAAAACAGAAAGUUUUUAUUCUCUUCUACAUCAGAUGAUGAAGAUUAUGGCUAUAAUUUCGGUUAUGAGAAGAUUAGUCACAGUUCACUAAAUGGUCAAUAUAUAGAAUCAGAAGGUGAUUUGAAUUUAGAUGAAUUAUAUCCACAUCCAUUAGAAAUUAAGGAAGAUAUGACAAAUAAAAGCAAAGACUAUAACAGAAACUUAAACUUUUCGUCACUCAAAUCAGUUAUUACUGCCAAAGAUCCUUAUAUACCAUCAUCGCCUUAUCAAUUGGUCAAUUAUUCAAGCAUGAAUAGUAAGAUAUCCAACCUAUACGAUAUAUCAUCUACGAGUGACGAUAAUUAA